AUGACUUCGCUCCUCAGGUGGGCAAGGACAGCUAUGAAAGGAGGCCCUUCAGCUGUGCUUCGGUUUCCAACAAGUGGAUUCGAAGUAAUAAAGCGGUCACAGAUCUUUGAAGAAGAGCGGUUCGAAGAGUUCGAGAAAGGGCACUACUAUCCUGUCAAUAUCGGUGACGUCUUAGUAUCUAAGUACCAGGUACUCGGCAAGUUAGGCUUCGGAACCACUUCCACAGUAUGGCUUGCUCGUGAUCUCAAGCGCCGUCAAUAUGUCACAUUAAAGGUGUAUACAAGAGAUGGAACUGGCCAAGGAGAGAUUCAGAUUUACAAAGCUUUGAGCCAAGGGGACACAUCACACCCAGGCUAUGCCCAUUUGAGGACUGCGUUAGAUACAUUCACGAUCUCGCACCAAGGGAGCGGACAUCACUGUCUUGCCCAAAAACCAAUGUGGGGGAGCUUUCGAGAUCUAAUGUAUCGCACUCCGGCACGUCGACUUAGCGAGGAUCUUCUUAAGACCGGACUCAAGCAGGUAUUCCUUGCGCUUGAUUAUCUCCACACUGAAUGCAAGCUCGUCCAUACAGAUAUCAAGAGUGACAAUAUUCUCCAGGAAUUUGAAGAGAUGUCAAUACUUGAUAGGUUUACCGACACCGAGUUAGAGCAUCCUUCGCCGCGAAAAUCAGUUACGAAUAUGCCAAUCUAUGCCUCUCGACGAUUUGAGUUACCUGAAAGGUUUGGUAGGGCAGUUCUCAGCGACUUUGGUUCAGCUGUACGGGGUGACGAAAAGAGGGAUUACGAUGCUCAACCCACCAUAUACAGAUCACCAGAAGUCAUGUUAAAAACCGAGUGGAGCUACCCCGUUGAUAUUUGGAACGUUGGCGCUAUGAUAUGGGAUUUGUUUGAAGGUAAACACAUGUUCCUUGGUAUGGACCCCGAUGGUAAGGGUUAUUCCACUCGUAUGCACCUAGCUGAAGUGAUUGGAAUCUUGGGCCCUCCUCCCUUGGAUUUUCUUAAGCGUGGAGAGCGAGCUCGCGACUUCUUUACUAAAGAUGGACACUGGAUUAAUCAAAUCGAGGUCCCGGGGGGAAUGUCACUGGAAACCUCCGAGGAGCGUCUGAGUGGAAGAAAUCAAGAGAUGUUCUUAAAUUUUAUGAGAGGAAUGCUUCAAUGGAAACCGGAAGAUAGAAAGACGGCCAAGCAACUACUCAGAGAUCCAUGGCUAGAUAACAGAAUCUAG